AUGUCUUAUUCAUCAAGAUAUUCAAGUAGCAUAUCAUCUACGGUGCGUUCUUCUGGAAUUGGCGGAGCUACCACAAACACUUCAUAAUAUUCAAGUACCAGUACAACUGAAGUACCCCAAAGAAGCAGCACUCAGCGUAAAUCCGUACUGUACUUUAUCCAUCAUUUAUAUCAAAUAGAGUGAAGGCUUAGUAGGAGGUUGUGAAUGUACCUCCUCCUUCAAAGGAACGAAAAUGGCUUGGAGAGAAGCCUGAAGUUGUGUGCUUCUUACUUGCUUUAGAAGUAGACAGACUGUAAAGAGAAAACUCAGAUCAAAGAACCAUUAUCAAUGAGUUGUAAAGUAACUACUCGAAAUUGCAAAGUGAAUACAGUACUCUUCAAGAGAAGUACAAUCUUGAAGUCUAACAGUUUAAGUAAGAGAAAUGAGUAAUCUUAUAGGACAACUAUUGAUUAGCAAACAGUGAGAAUUAAGUCAUUGGAAGAUGAAAUCAACCAAUACAAAUCAAAAUUGGGAUAAGUGGACAAUUCAUUGGCCAGUAAGUUAUCAUAAGCAGAGUAGAGAAUUAAGGAUUUGGAACGAUAAUUGAAAGAUUAAGAGAGUAAGUACACGUCUGAAAUAAAUAAUAUGAAGUCAUCUUGGAAUACAGAGAAAUCUAACUAUGAGAGUGAGAUAAAGAGAUUGAAAUUGGAAAUUGAGAAUUAUCUUAAUGAGAUAAAGAAUUUGAAAGGGAAUUCAUCAUCUGAAGUAGAUAGAUUGAAUAAAAGAAUUAAGGAAUUGGAAGCUUAGAUAUAAGAUUAUCUAGUUAAAAUUAAGAGUUAUGAAACUCAGAUAUCUGAUUAUCAAAAUAGAAUUAGAGAAUGGGAAGUUAAGGGAAGAGAUUAUGAUUCAAAAAUAGCUUAAUAUCAAUCUGAAUUAGAUUAAUUGAAAAAUCAAUUAAGAGAUCGUGAUUCAGAAAUAGAAAGAUAUAAACGUGAUUUAGAUGAUUGGAGAAAUAAGUACAGUGCUCUAGAAAUGUAAUUUUCAACUUACAAAUCUUCAUCUGGAGGUGAGACAGAAAGACUUAAUGGUUUAUUGAGAGAUAGAGAGAAUGACAUUAAUAGAUUAUAAUUAGAAUUGAGAAAUACAAUUGAUGAAUGGACAUCAAAAUAUACAAGUCUAGAAAAUUAAUAUAGAUAAGCUUAAAGUGAAAUAGAUAGAUUAAAUGGAGUAGUAAGGAAUUUAGAAGAUGAGAUAAAUAGAUUAAGAUAGAUUAUUGAUUAAAUGUAAAGAGAGAUAGAUGAUUGGAGAUUAAAAUAUGGAGAUUUGGAAGGUAAAUAUAAUACAGCUAUCAGAAAUUAUGAAUCUUAAAUUAAUGAUCUUAAUUCAUAAUUGAGAUAAUAUUAAUCAGAUCUUGAUACUUGGAGAAAUAGAUAUGGAUAAUUAGAGAAUGAGAAUUCUAAUUUGAAGAAUAAUAGUUCAGGAUAAGACAAUUUUAUUAAGGAAUAGGAAAGUAUCAUUAGAAGAUUAGAAUCAGAUUUAUAAAGAGCAGAAGAUAUAAUUGCUUAAAAGGAUUAAGAGUUGAAUAGAUUAGCCAAUGACCUUUCUAAUGCAGAAUCUAGAAUAAGAGAAUUGGAAUUCUUAAUUUAAUAAUUAUAAGCAUAAAUUGAUGAUUAUCGUAAGGAAAUAGAGAAAUUAUAAUAAAUGCUAUAAGAAAGAGAUCAUAGUCUUGAUAUGGCUGAAAAGGAUUUAGAAGAAGCAGAUAGAAAGAUUCAAUAAUAAGAAAAUGAAAUAACUACAUUAAAUGAAGAAUUAAAAGAUUACAGAUAGAAUUAUGAUUAAGUUUUAAAGGAAAAUGAAUUAUUAGAAAAAAAGAUAGGUGAUCUUGAAUCUAAAACAGUGUUUUUGGCCUAAGAAAUUGAUAGAUUGAAACUUAUACUUGAAAAAAGAAAUAAAGAAAUUGAAGAUCUAAAGAGUUAGAUCUUAAAAUUGAAAGCUGAAAUUACUAUAUUUGAGAAAUAAAUAACAGAAAUUUAAUAGAAAUUAGAUGAAAAAUUAAAGGAUUAUGAUGAUUUAAAUAAGAAAUUAAUAGAAAGAGUAUUAGAAGUUUAAUAAUUAAAUUCUUAAAUAUUGAUUUUGAAUUAAUAACUUGUUUAAUUAUAAUCAGUAAAUGAGAAAUGCAAGAAUUAUGAAGAUUAAAUCAAAGAUUAUCUUAGAUAAUUGGAUGAAUUAACAAGAUAAUUGAAUAAGUCUUAAUAGGAAAUUAAUAUUUUAUAAGGAUUUAAGGAUAGAUUACCUGAGGCAGAUAGAAAGAUAUAAGAACUAUUAAAAGAAAUUGAUCGUUUAUAAUAAUUAUAUAAGGAAAAGGUAACUGAAAAUGAUGUAUUAUCAUAAAAAUUUAGUACAAGUGAAAUUGAAUUAAAUAGAAUUAGAUUGAUCGAAAAGUAAUUUAAUGAUUUUAAGAAAUAAACAUAAACUACUGAAUAAGAAUUUACAAGAAUUAAAUAAACAUUUGAAUAAAAAGGUAAUGAAAGUGAUAAAUUAAAAUAAACUAUUGCAGGAUUAGAAUAAUAAUUAUAAGAUAAAAAAGUAUUAAUGGAUAAAUUAAAAGUGCUUGAAUAACAAUUAGGUAUCAUUAAUUAUAUUAUAUAUUAGCUUAAACUCAAAAAGAUUUAGCAAAUCUAACUAAAGAUAGAGAUAAGAAAGAUUAAGAAUUGUAAAAAUUAAAGGAUUAAAUUGCUGUAUUACAAAGUUCAUUAAAAACUAAAGAAGAUUAAUUUAAUCAAUUAAAAUAAUAAUUUGAUUAGAAUGUAAAUGAAUUAUCAAAACUUAAAUAAACAUAAGGAUAAUUGGAAGCAAAAGUAUCAUAAAUUGGAUUAAUGAAUGAUAAAUGGACAAGUUCAGAAAAAUAGAAUAAAUAAUUAUAAACAGACUUAGAUAAAUUAAAGAAAGAUUUUGAAUUAAGAACUAAAGAAAGAGAAUAAUUGAAAUUGGAUAAAGUUUAAUUGGAAAAUGAUUUGUUAGCAUUCAAAUCAUAGGUUAGAAAAUGA